UCACGCUUUGAUAAAUUUUUAUUAUUCCUAUAAGAAGGACUUCGAGUGACAGCCUUUCAUUGAACAUAAAUACUACCUUCGGAAUUGAAUAUGGCUGCAUCGAACGACAUGACCCUCGCGUUCCUGGGCUGCGGAAACCUGGGAAUCGCAAUCCUCUCCGGUGUUCUCGCAUCCAUAACUGAAGCCAGAGACGACGCAUCAUAUGCUGCCUCCGGAGACGUCCCGCAAUUGAUCCCUACAAAGUUCAUCGCCUGUGUCCGCAAAUCCGCCCAGCGUAUCCAGGAUGCCGUUAGCAAAUACCCCUCGAUUCCAGUUCAGAUCUUCCAAAACGACAACAUCAGUGGAGUAACGGAGGCAGACGCUAUCAUCCUUGGCUGCAAACCCUGGAUGUUAAAAGAAGUCCUGGACGUUCCCGGCAUGCGCAAAGCCCUGAAAGGAAAGCUGCUUAUCAGUAUCUUGGCUGGUUGUCCCGUUGAGCAGAUCGAGGGUGUCUUGUACCCGGACGACUCCAUCUCGACCGAAGACAGAUGUCGCGUCGUCCGCGCUAUGCCCAAUACAGCCGCUAUGGUCCGCGAAUCAAUGACAGUUAUUGAGACCUCGUCUCCUUCGCUCCCGGAUAAGUGGGAUAAGCUGUUGACUUGGAUUUUCACGCGCGUUGGCCAGGUGUCCCGUCUUCCUCCUGAUAACAUGGACGCCUGUACUUCGCUGGCAGGCUCUGGGCCUGGGUUUAUGGCGUUGGUUCUUGAGGGUCUUGCUGAUGGCGGCGUGGCGAUGGGUCUGCCUCGUGCGGAAGCACAGCUUAUGGCUGCUCAGGUCAUGCGGGGGACGUCUGCUAUGGUGCUUGAUGGUGAGCACCCGUCUUUGCUUAGGGAGCAGAUUUGCACACCUGGUGGGUGCACUGUGGGAGGGUUGAUGGUGCUUGAGGAGAAUGCUGUUAGAGGGAGCAUUGCUCGUUCGGUACGGGAGGCUACUGUUAUUGCUAGCCAGCUUGGGCAGGGUGUCAAGAAUGUCAAUGGGACGCGGCACUAGAUGUGGUUGAAUGCUUUAAAAGUGUUCAUCGUGUAAAAUAAAUAUAGACGGUAAAUAGUCAUGGCAUAGAAAACAGCAACGACAAGUUACGACUGAUAUAUAUUUGUUAAUGGAGACAGACAAGACUUAAACCAGUUCUAUCAUCAUUAUCCAAAGCAAUCACAUUCGAAACCAAGGAUCAAAAUGCCUUGAUAUCAUGUCUAGCAUCUAUUAAUAUACAUCAGCAAAAAGCAAACAUGAGCAAGAAACCAUUUCGGAGAUCAGCCCUAUAAUGACGGCCGC